AUGACAUUUUUUCUUCCUGAGGUGCAUGGGGCUAAGGUUAACUCUAUUCCCAGUGUGGCUGGACUGGCACUUGCGUCAGUGACCGCCAGGAGUUCGACACGGAGGAGAGCUGCGAGCUCCAAGGGCCCUCCUGCUUGGGCUCGAGAAGAUCUUAGAUACGUUUAUCCUUUUUCCAACGGCGUGGAGGCUUUCUCGUAUGAGCCGGCGACCAAAAGGCAUACCAUCGACUACGCAAGAACCUGCUGGUAUGUGCUCAUGCAUGUCAUUGCCUUCACCUGCGGGCCUGCCACAUUUUCAGUUCCGGCCCUCCUUCUUUGCGUUGGCCUUUUCGUUUCGUUGCAGACUCUGGGCAUCUCUCUGUCCUACCAUAGGCAUUUGACGCAUCGGUCCUUUCAGUGUCACAAAUAUUUCGAGUACUUUAUUGCGUAUUGUGGUGCCCUGAACAUGCAGGGCAACCCAAUAUGGUGGACCAUGAACCAUACGUGGCACCACAGAUUCUCCGACACACCUUGGGAUCCGCACACUCCACGGGAGGGACUCUGGACCGCCCACGCAGGGUGGUUCUUUGAGAAGGAGCGAAUACUGACCAAGAUGCCGGAAGCUAUUGUCGUAUCACACAACUACACCGAACCGGGAGAAGAGAAUGAAGUAUACCUUCCCUGGUUCUACAGGGAGUCUCCGGAGUUCUAUGACUUUCUUCGGGAGACCUACUACUUGCACCAUAUCGCGUUGGUAAUAUUGCUGUAUAUGUUGGGUGGCUGGAGCUUCGUUGUCUGGGGCUUCGUCGUCCGAUUCGUUGUGAGUCUGCAUGGAGUCUCCGCCGUGAACUCCUUCGCACAUGUCUGGGGUGAGGCGCCCUUCAAGACGGGCGACGAUUCGAAGAAUAAUGUUUGGGUUGCCAUGGUGUCUUCAG